AUGGAUAUUGGAACCUUCAAUAUUCGUGGCUUAUCGGGAUCUUCUGAUUGUGAAUGGUCUGCGAAGGAAUCUGAAGUCCGGUCUGGAGGAAUUAUUACGACCUGGAAGAAAGGAAUCAUUGAACUUGUAUUUAGCUUCAUGGGAAAAGGAUAUUUGGGUAUGAAAGAAAUGUGGAAAGGUACCAAUAUUUACUUCAUCAAUAUUUAUUCUCCUUGCACUUUAAAUGAGAAAAGAGUUUCGUGGAUGAAAUUAUUAAAUCUGAGGAACAAGUAUACUCAUGGGGAGUGGGUUCUAUGGGGAUAUUUUAACGCAUCAAAAUCUUUGGAGGAAAGGUGGGGGCGGAGUGGUGAUAUUAGGACUUUGGAGAUGGAGGACUUUUGUAGUUUUAUUGACUUAAUGGAGUUAAUUGAUGUACCGAUGCUAGAGAAUAAACAUACUUUGAUUAAUUCUAAUGGUUCUACAAGCAGCAUGUUAGAUAGGUUCUUGAUGUCGGAGGGUUUGAUUCAGAAAUGGAACAUUGCAGCUCGAACUUCUGGAAAUCGUGACAUCUCUGAUCACAGGCCUGUGUGGAUUUUGUCAACCAAUCUGAACUGGGGACCUAAACCUUUCAAGGUUUUUAGGACAUGGUAUGAUCAUCCUGAGUUUAUGGCUUUUGGUAAGAAAGAAUAG